AUGGAGAAAACCAGCGCAAGCGCGGCCGAGGUCGUGGUAUACGGCCAGCUCAUCAACGCAUUCAACGGCUUCGCGGCCGGCACAACGAAAAGCUCUGACCUGCGAAGCACCAUCGCUCAGUUUGCCUUGUACUAUGUGUAUUGUGCCGUCGGCAUUUUUGUCUUCAUUUACAUCGCGACAGUUGGUUUCUACUAUGUCGGCGAGCGAGUUGCGCGAGCCCUUCGCCGCGCCUACCUCAGGGCCGUCAUUAGCCAGAACAUGGCCUUCUUCGAUAACCGCGGCAAUGGAGAAAUCACUGUGAGCAUCAUGUCCGACAUGGGCACGAUACAAGAAGCCAUCACGAGCAAGAUAUCAAUCGCUAUGACGGCGAUGGCCAACUUCGCUUCCGCCUUCGUCAUCAUGUACGUCGUUUCCUGGCGAACCGCCCUCGUUUUGAGUCCGACCUUCUUGGUGAUGUUGGGUGUGGUGAUGGUAGGCGGGUCCUACGCGGUCAAGCACCACAAACAUGCCAUGGGUGCCCGGGGCCAGGCGGCAACUCUGGCAGAAGAGAGCAUCGGUUCGGUCCGCGAAGUGGCCGCCUUUGGCAUCCAGAGCUUCUUGGUAGCCAAAUACCACUCUUUUUUGGAGGCCUCGGGGCGUUCUGAUGUCAAAUCACGGGACAGCGUCACGUACAUGAUCGCAUGGUCAAAUACCAUGCCUUGUCUUGUUUACGCCCUAUCCUUCUGGGUUGGCUCUAUAUUUCUCGUCAAGGGCCAAACCUCUGUUUCGGCAAUCGCAACAACCACUCUGGCCAUCAUUAUAAGCGCAUUUGCCAUCAUCCGAGUAGCGCCAUCCUUCCAAGCCUUGACCGCCACCGUUGCCGGUUCUAGCAAGAUAUUCGGCACGAUAGCACGGAGAUCUCCUCAAGACCCGUUCUCAUCGGAGGGCAAGCACCUCCAGAACGUGGCCGGCGAGAUUGCCUUCCGUGACGUCAGCCUCGUCUAUCCAUCAAGAGAAGAGGUUGUUGUGCUAAAUCGGGUGAACAUCCGGUGUCCCGCUGGCAAGACAACAGCUAUCGUUGGACCGUCUGGGAGCGGGAAAAGCAGCAUUGUCAGCUUGUUAGAGCGGUAUUAUGAGCCCACCGAGGGUGUCAUUGGCACCCAAGAAGAUUUGCGCAAUGCCGUUGUGCAAGCGGCAACCGACGCUAACGCCCACCACUUCAUCUCGGAACUUGCCAACGGGUACGAUACAAUGGUCGGCCAGGCAGGGACGCAGCUAUCCGGGGGGCAACGGCAGCGAAUCGCCCUGGCAAGGGCGCUCAUCAAGCAACCAUCCAUACUACUUCUGGACGAAGCCACAUCAGCUCUCGACUCCAAGUCAGAGGCUGUCGUUCAACAAGCGUUGGAGCCGGCGGCCAAGAACCGGACAACAAUUAUCAUUGCCCACAGGCUCUCUACUAUCCGCAACGCGGAUCAGAUCAUUGUCAUGGAAGGGGGGCGUGUGAUGGAGCAGGGAACGCAUACGGAGCUAAUGGACCUAGAUGGGCUAUACGCCGGCCUGGUGCAAAAUCAACACUUCAUGGAUGUCCCUGGGCAAAGGCUACAGGAGCCAUCGGAAAACGUGAGCAGCAAACUAGGCAUAUCGCUUCAUGAGAAACCGGUCUUGCAAGAUGGCGAGGGUGCCGAGGACGACACGCCCCCGCCCGGGGAUAACAGGAAUCCGGAAACGCGGGAGCGUCAGCAUACGCUAGGGCUGGUAAGCACACUUAGGUUCAUUUACUACGUCAAUGCCCAAGAAAAAGGGCUGCUGGCUCUCGGCACCGCUAGUGCUAUCGUUGCGGGAUUCGGGAUUCCAAUACAAUCCAUCUUCUUCGCGAAACUUCUCGACAGCUUGUCCCUCGAUCCGGUAGCACUACGCCAGAGCGUGAAAGAGACAGGGAAAGAAGCUGCGUCAUACGCGAGUGAAACGGUCCGUCUGGUCAGGACUGUUGCUUCUCUCGGCAUUGAGGAGUUUGCUCUCACCCGAUACGACGAAAUUCUUUCCCAACGGGCGGCAACUUCGCUUCGGUCUAUGCUCUCGGCAUCCGCCCUGUACGCCGCUUCACAGUCCGUCGUCUUCCUCUGCGCCGCGUUGGCUUUCUGGUAUGGUGGGCAACUGGUGGCUACCGGGGAAUAUACCGUGUUCCAGUUCUACAUCUGUUUUGUCGCGCUUAUCUCGGGUGCGCAGACGGCAGGAUCUAUUUUCUCCUAUGCCCCUGACGCCAGCAAGGCGAUGCAUGCCAGUCACGAGCUCCAAACCUUGUUUGCAAGCAAGUCGAAGAUGAUAGCAACGGGGCCGGGGGAUGACCACUCCAGUGAAGAGAAGCAUUGUAGUAAUGGCAUCCAAGUGGAGCUCAACGAUGUCGAUUUUCGAUACCCGUCUAGACCCGAUCACCAGGUCCUACAAAACUUCAAUCUUAAUAUCAACAAGGGCCAGUACCUGGCCCUAGUAGGCCCUAGCGGCUGUGGGAAGAGCACCAUACUGGCACUUCUUGAGCGAUUCUACGAUCCGGACAAGGGCGUUGUUCGGGUCGACGGAGCGGCCCUUCACGGGCUCAAUGUGCAGCAACAUCGCCAAAACGCGUCCCUGGUUAGCCAAGGUGCCGCGUUAUACUCGGGGACAAUUCGAGAAAAUAUUGCUUUAGGCCGCCGACAUGGACACAUUGGUGACAAUGAGGAGGAAACCGCGGAUGAAGAUAUCAUGGAUGCCUGCAAACAGGCCAAUAUCCACGACUUCAUCUGCUCUAUGCCUGAUGGUUUAUCCACUGUCCUUGGUCCCCGGGGGACGCUGGUGAGCGGGGGACAACGGCAACGUAUCGCCAUCGCCAGGGCACUUAUACGCCAACCCCAGAUACUUUUGCUGGACGAGGCCACGUCGGCGUUGGAUCCGGAAUCGGAGAGACUGGUUCAGGACGCCCUUGAUAGGGCGGCUCAAGGCCGAACCACUGUCUCCGUGGCUCACCGUCUGAGCUCCAUCCGGGCAGCCGACAUCAUAUACGUCCUAGAUGCGGGAAGGAUUGUGGAGACUGGGAACCACGAGGAGCUGAUGGCCAUGCGGGGAGCAUAUUGGGACUUGGUCAAGAUGCAGAACCUGUAA